CUACAGUGGAGGGGACAAAGCAGUCAGACGCGUCGCAGCCGACAAGACGCGUAAAUGGGUUUCCUUUGGACUUCAGGCCUCACCUCUUUGACGCAGUCAUCUUCCUGCUAGGCCGUUUCCCCUCUUUUGACGAUCCAAAAGGCCAGAUUGGCACACACACGGACAAAAGUCUAGCAUGGCCAGCUUUUUCGACAUCAAAGCCAGGAAGGCUGCUGCAGCCAACGGCGCAGGCAAACAGGACAAGAAGACGCCAGACACGCCUCGAGCGCAGCCCUGGGUGGAGAAAUAUCGUCCAAAGAGCCUCAGCGAUGUCACCGCCCAAGACCACACAAUCACCGUCCUGCAGCGGACGCUGCAGGCAUCCAACCUCCCUCACAUGCUCUUCUACGGCCCGCCCGGUACUGGAAAGACGUCCACGAUCCUUGCUCUCGCCAAGGAGCUUUAUGGUCCUGAGUUCGUGAAGCAGCGUGUUCUCGAGCUCAACGCUUCUGACGAGCGCGGCAUCUCCAUCGUGCGGGAGAAGGUCAAAGACUUCGCGCGUAUGCAGUUGACCAACCCACCCGCGGGCUACAAAUCACGUUAUCCGUGCCCACCCUUCAAGAUAAUCAUUCUGGACGAGGCCGACAGCAUGACACAGGAUGCCCAGAGCGCGCUUCGCCGGACGAUGGAAACAUACAGCAAGAUCACGCGGUUCUGUCUGAUCUGCAACUACGUGACGCGCAUAAUCGACCCCCUGGCAAGUCGUUGCAGCAAAUUCCGCUUCAAGAGCUUGGACCAGGGCAAUGCGAAGAAGAGGCUGGAAGAUAUCGCCGAGAAGGAGGGCGUUCAGCUAGACGAUGGGGCUGUGGAUGCGCUCAUCAAGUGCAGCGAGGGUGACCUGCGGAAAGCCAUCACGUUUUUGCAAAGCGCGGCGCGGCUGGUAGGCGCAGUCGCGACCAAGGGUGAUGCUGAUGGUGAUAGCAUGGAGGUGGAUAAGAAGCCGGUCACUGUGAAAAUUGUUGAGGACAUUGCUGGCGUGAUACCCAACGACACUAUCGACAGGCUGGUGAGGGCAAUCAAGCCAAGCUCGUCUGCAGAGGCUUAUGCAUCCGUGUCAAAGGCCGUUGAAGACAUGGUCGCGGAUGGGUGGAGCGCUGGCCAGGUGGUGACUCAGCUCUACCAGGCAAUCAUUUCCGACGAGACGGUUCCGGAUAUCCAGAAGAACCAAAUUGUCAUGGUCUUCUCUGAGGUCGACAAGCGCCUGGUCGAUGGUGCUGACGAACACCUCUCGAUACUCGAUCUGUCACUCCGCAUAUCCAAUAUCAUGGCUGGGCGGUAGGAGCGGAAGCGGAUGACCACGGACUGAGAAGCCAUCCUUCAAGACGAUGGGUAUCGGGGGCUUGAGGGCAGGUCUAAAUUGGAGAUCGCAUUGGGCAGCAUGAGCUACUAGCGAACAUUCACGAGCGGCCGACAUACAGGAUUGCGGCAAGCAGGCGUGACAUCGCUCUGAAAUCGAGGGGCGGAUGGACGUGGACGGGAACAGUUACUUGAGUGGCUAGAGAGCUAGGGAAUCGGCUCGGACGGGGAAUAGGAAAAGCACGGCGUUUCAAAGGAUGGUAAUACAAUGGCUAUUUAUGGAGCUGAGUACUAGAUGAUGCGCAACUACAGAAGCUUUCGUGGGGAGUCUUCGGCAUUGAUCAGCCCGACACUACCAUCCAAUGUCGACCAGAUAUCUUCCUUCUCUUUGACCAAGUUGCUCUUGUUUUUGGUAAAUGCUUUCGAUGUUGGCACUUUGCGUGGGGAGGAAGAUUCUGCUAACCAGAUGUCGUCUAUUGUUGUAUCCUCGUCGGUCAUGGGCUCGCCUCCGGUGAUCGUAUUUCGACCUAGCAGCUGGUCGAUUUCCCCUAGUGACCUCGUGGACUUUUCGAGAGCGACCUGUCCUUGCUCGAUCUUCUCCGCUACAGCCUCAAGUGUCGCAAGCUUUGCUGUGUCCGCUGCUGAAACCCACGGCUGCACGCGUUCUGAGACUCUGUCGACGUGAUUGCUGGAUGAGCCGGUCUCCAGACCAGUCCUACCCCUCGCAGCGGCUGGAAUGGAAUGUUCGGGUAUCAGCUGGCUUUCUUCGGACAGACGGUCCAAAGCCCGUAUGGUUUCUUCUGUUUGUCUCGCGAAGACUGUAUUUAUGUGUGAUUUCUGGGCAAUGUAGUUCCUCUGAGCCUGGCCAACUUGCACCAGGCCCUCGAUAUAAGGCGUGAUGAGAUGUGUCGCCGGGGUUGUGCGCGCGACCUCGGGUUGAGCACCAGACGUGGUCCUUGAAGGGGACUCCAUCUCCACGGGUUUUGUUCGCUGUUGGACCAGCUCGAUGAGAGCCUUGCGCGCUGCGACGUAUUUGGCGUAUUUUCCCUUGACGACGGAAAGCUGCUCAUUCACAUGAACCCUGUCCGCCGUAGGUUGUUGUUUCCCACCCGGUUCAUUGUGCUCCGUCUCAUCGAGGUGCGAAGCCUUACUUAGCUCUGCCUCCAUCCAGCUGAUGAGCUCGUUCCGAGUCGCACUCAACGCCGCAAGCUUCGAACUGUCGGUGAUUGUGUCGCGCGUUGCUGUGGAGCGAGACCUUACAUCCUCCAGCAAUUGUUCUUCCUUCUUUAGCAGUAGCUUGGACCUCAGCACCGCCUUCUCCAAGCGAUCGACGAGGGCUUUCAGGUCGGGUUUGGCUGGCCCAUUGUUGACAGAAAAGCCGCUGACCACGGUUUUGGGUACAUCUGGCAAGCGGUGACCAUCCUUGAAUAUUUCCUCUGGCCGCACAAACUCUGGCGCUGCAGCCGGCUUUCGGCCCAGGGCCUCCAUGUAUCUCUCGACAGCCUGGAGACGUGCCUGCUUUCUCUCGAGCUUGAUGGAGGUGACAUGCUCUUCCAGCCGGUUAGCGGUACUAAUUCCUCUCGUAGUAGAAGAUCUGCCUUCCUGUACCGCUUGCCUGACUACCUCCUGGUCUUGCUUGGCCUUGAUGUUGGCAUGAAGUGCCUUCAGAUAAUCCCUCUGAAUGCCACGGACGCCAGCUGUCGAGUUGAUGAUGCAGUCUGGCCCUGGCAAGGCCAGAGACCCGGGCUGAGGACCAUUCUCAUAAGCUGAGAGAAGGUGCAGGGCGAGCACCCGUCGGAUAUGCGACACCUCUUCACGCGUCCGAACGUAAGGCUCUAGCGCCGCCUGGAUGCUUUCGACUGUUUCGGGGGCGCUGGGACACAUGCUUCAGGAAGGGUUUUUUUUUUAGACCAAGAUCUCAUGGAAUAGUUCGAGAGCGAGGUUCAUGACGUAGCGCAUCGGGUGCAAUUCUUCGUUUGAGUGCGCAGUGUGUUUG